AUGGUCGACAACCAGGCUCUACAUCACGAUGAGGCUGCACUCGAUCGCGAUUUUCGCAGCCCUGGUCUGUUUCAAGCCCAUCGCACUCCGCCCAGCCCCUCCCCAGGACCCCCGGGAAACGAUACCAUCAUCCCCCUUCCCAUCGCCGCGCGGGGCACCGUUGGGGGAGGAUCGGAGCACAAGUCCGAUGCGGACCUAGUUCAUCAAGGGAAAAGAAAGGAAAUCGGACGCUCCGACAAGGGGCGUGUGUCUUUCUAUUCCGCUGUACUACUAUCACGCCCGGCGGAACGAGAAAACAGCAACGGCGGCCCCAUUCAUCUUCAACGCGAACAAGACGCCAUGCCAUUGCUGUGCUAA